AUGAUCCCGCAGCAAUGGUGCAACUAUGCGGCGUCUGCGAUACAGCAGAAUCGAAAUACAAAUGUCCUGUUUGUGAACUGAGAUAGUGCGUACUUGCUGAUCACGACCUCCCAGCCCAGGCUCACUGACAAGACCAAGUUGCUCCAUCCCGUGCUACAAAUCCCACAAGACUACUCACGAGAAUGACACACCUCCAAGCUCGACAGCCAGCGGCUCCCAGCAAAUUAAGGUUGAUCGGCCGGGCACCACGCAGCGAGUACCGAAGGUAGACUUCACUGGCUUCGAAAAGGACAAGGAUUUCCAGCAACUUCUCAAGAGAUUUCCAAAUCUAAAACAUCAGCUACAGCUGGCAUGUGGACUUACCCUCGAACCGGGACCAGAUGAUUCCACCCGGUGGAACAAGCAGAACUGGUAUCCGGACGACCAUGGAAAUACUCGAGGUGGCCUUCAAGAUCGAGGCCAUGGGCGAGGACGUGGUCGUGGCGGCGGAUCGGGAGGUGGCCGUGGCGGCCUCUUAUUCACCGAGGUACCUCCCGAGGAGAGACUGCGCCUGCCAUGGAACCGGGAAAAGGGUGACAAGCAAGCUACUGAGAUCAUUGGCAGUAUGCGAAAGAGUGCGAACGAGGAGCAUGCAGAGGGAAUGGGCGAGUUCGUCCAGCUCUGUCAGAUGAAGUUCGGAAAAUGA